GGGUAAGAAGGGGAGAAGUGCGCUGCGCUGUUGAAGUUGUGCUCAACUUGGAGGAAGUCCACGCAAGUGUGUAGUGCGGCGUCACGAUACGACACAGCUUCUUUUUAUUUGAGUGCUACAGUGAGAUAACGACAGGUGUUUUCAUUUUAAAAUGUCUUACUGGAUCUGCUGCAACGUCUGCUUCCUGCCGCCCGGCGCCGAACGGAAGUUGGCCGUGACGACAUGCGGCCACGUCGUCUGCAGCGUCUGCUUUCAAAAAGGUGAGAUGAGCAAACCCUACGAGGCGCCAGACGUGCAGUCGGUCGCUGUUGUGGUUCCUGCCUGCCGCAGGUGGAACGACACGUGGUCAGACAGAGACAUCUGUUGGACUCGUGGCGACACUGCAGGCACACAAGGAAUAUGUUUAAUAUGCAACGCCAAAUCCCAAGUGUCACCUCUGUCGGACAAAAGCAGCUCAGAGGUGAAGGCCCUGUUUUCUGACAUCAACGUUGUGGCGAACAAACAAAUGAAGGAAGUCAGCCAUGUUAUAAUGUUCCAGGCAAGACAACAAAAGAGACUGUUGACUCAUUACCAGCAAAGGAAUGAGAAGUUAGAGGAGGUGUUAGUCAAGAUGAAACAAGAAAUGCAGCAGAUGACAAAGAAGCUGAAUGAGCAGAGUGCCUACAUCUCAAAGCUAGAAAACUGUCUUCAGCAUCAGAGUGUCAAAGCUUCACCAGGGUCUCAGAUGAGCCACAGUUCCCAUACGCCACAUGGACAUAAAUCAGUCCUACAGAUCCCAUAUAACUCCCCCAUCUGCCUCUCACGACACCCCUCAUCCACGAGCAUCUCUGAAAACAUGGAUGUCGAUGAAAGGAGCCUGUUCAGGAAACCAAAGAUUGUACCUAGACUGUCAUUAAUCAGUCCUCCGCAAGAUGAACGCAUGGGUAGCAUCUCUCUCAGAUCGUCCAAUCGGAACACACUGGCCAACCAUUCCACUCGCUCGGCAACAGUCAGUCGUUUUCAGGGAGCACCACUGACCCCAGAUGUUUCCUACGGCUGGACGUCUCCCAUCUUCAAACCGCCCUCCUCCUUCAGACACUCCAUGUCCUCCCUGGUUUGCCUUCCUCCUUAAGACGUACACAUGAACACGAAGCCUCUAGAGGAAAUACGCAUGGCCACUGGCAUGUACUGUACGUAGAGGUAUUUAUGUCUCUUGCGACCCUAAAAUGAUUCACAGGACAAUUUGUGGGUUGUUUUUUUAUCAAGCCUGUGAAAUCAAAACGUACUCGGCUUGAACCUGUGCCACCAUUUAAUUCUGCAUUGAAUAAUAAACUCUAAAUUCAGCGUUAUUGAAUUGCAAUUCUUCCAGUGUCCCACUAGAAUAAACUGGUAAAAAUAAUGAAAU